GUAUACCUUUAUCGUUUACAUAUAUAUGGUAUAUAUGUAUGGUAUGUAUUGAAAUAAACAUCAGUCAUUUGUGCAACUAAACGCAGCAUAACGCUAAUAUAGCUAUAACUUUAGCAUGGGAAGCUUUGCAGUUAGCUAAAUGCUACAGUGAAGUGGCAAACAGCAGCUAGCAUGCUAAUCUCAGUGAACGAAACCAGAGGAAACUGUUAGUUACUAAAUAUAGUUUGCAAAAUGACAACUCAGCAGUUCCUGGCUCACACAAAAAGUCCGAAAACAUCGAGAAGAACAACAUUUCAGGAUGAACUCCAGGCUGCUGUCUCCGCCAGGGCGAGCAAAACACAAACAGACCGAUACUCCUACUCAGAUGAUUUCAAUGAAGAUGAAGAUGAUUUUUUGAAUGAACUCCUCAAAUCAAGAAAAAAGAAGGCUAGUGCACUUAAGACUGGGAGGAGUAAAUCCAAAAACAACGACUUUGAAAUUUCCGAUGACGAAGGCAAACGUGGUAGGACGAAGAAAGUUUCAUUUCUGAAAACCCAAAGAAUCAGCUCUCCCUCUGAAGACACAACAGCAUUAGAGUCACGUGAAAACGAGCCGCCAGACUCUUCCACCGGGCAACACGAUAACUAUAAUGACUCAUUUUCCUCGCAGCGCUCCACAAACGCCAGUGAAGAUCACAUACGAUUGAAAAGCAGUAAUGGGGAGUUUAACGAUCCUCAAAUCACGAGAGAGAGCUCAAGUAAAUCUCUGUCAUACCAAACAUCAGGUGACACUCUGAUGGACAUGCCUCUGCCCUUACCAUCUGACAACAGUGUGACAGAGACUCCAGACCCAGAGGAGAAGAGCAGCUCUGUUUUGGAAGAAAGAUCCCAGACUCCUCAGUUAUCAGCAGCUGACCUCAAACGCAUAUCCUCAGCAGAUACUGAUAGGGAGCCACCCAGGCCUAAACCGAGGCAGAGGACUCUUGGGUUGAGCAUUCAGGCUGCGGAGAAGAUAGCAGAAGAUGCUGAAUCUCAGGAUCUCAGCAGGACACAAACUUCUUCUGCAUCAAUCCCCCUCUCCACUGACAUGUCCAGCAGCAUUGCUUGGACAGAAGGAGACCACACAGUUUCAUUCAGCCCCAGCAAAUCCUCCUGGAGCAAGAGUGAGCAGUCACAGCUUUCCACCAAGUCCACGGUUGAUUCUGGAUCCAGAGAUGGCUUUUUUUCUGAUGACAGCAAAGAGCAGGAGAGGAAGUACUCCACAUCAUUUGAGGACUUUAAUGUGGACUCUGGAGAUCACUCACAACAACACUCUCAUGCUGAUGAAAAAUCAUUUGAUACCAGGACAUCAAGUUCUCUCUCAAAGACCACUCAGAGACCUCAGAGUGUGUGCUCCAGGAAGGUGGAAUCAAAGUAUUUGGGAAGCCUCAAACUUCUGGAUCGUAAAGUUUCUCUACAAGAGUCUCAGCCUCAAGAGGCAGAUUCACUCAGAGCUGCAGUUUACCAGGAAUGGCUUCAAAAGAAAAAGGAAAAGUCAAAAGAGAACAUGCAGCUUAAGAAGAAAGAGGAAAUGCUCAAAGAAAGAAAGAAAAAGCAAGAAGAGGCCAAAAAGGAGGAUGCUGUUGCUUCAUACGAGGCUUGGAAGGAAAAGAAAGCAGAAAGUCUCAAAGCAAAAGCCAAAGAAAAGCAAGAUUUGAUCAGAAAAGAGCAAAGAGCAACUGAAGAAAAGGAGGAAAAAAAGCAAGCCGCCAGCCAGGUGUUUGAAAAAUGGAAACGUGAGCAUGACCAUCUGCUCAAAGAAAAGCACAGAAAACAAAAAGAAGCUGAACGUAAACUUCAGGUUAGACAACAAGAAAAGGAAGAAGAAAGAAAGAGAGACAGCAAAACUGCUUUUUCUGACUGGCAUGAGAAGAAGACAGGUGUUCUCCAUGAAAAAGCCUCAGUGCAGCGGGAAGAAAUCAGAAAUAAAGCAGAAGAAGAACGCUACAUGAAAGAAGAGAGGGAUAAAAUGGCUUUAGAGACGUACGAAAACUGGCUGGUACGAAAAGAUCUGGAACAAAAAAGGCAAAAAGAAGAAAGACGAAUACAAGCGAUACUCAGAGACAGUCCACCACCUCCAUGGAGCCCUCCCAAUAAAACAAUACCAUAUGGAAAGUGACAUAAAAUGUUGCAUACAAUCCUUCAGACCUUUGUGGGUCCUAUGUUACAUUUUAAGCUGUAUGUUUUGUAAUCUAUGUUGUGUUUCAAGCAUAAUUGACAGCAGUUUUUAUUUUUUAUAUUUUUGUUUGGGUUUUUAUU